AUGUACAAGCUUCAAGUGGUACUUGUACCACCCAGUGCAGCCAAUGGGGGUUUCCAGUACCCAUUUCACGCUGCUGCUAAUGAAAACUCGCAACUUCUUCCGUCAAGCAUCGGUGCGAACGGAUCGGCGAUCUUGACCGGGAAUCGACCGGAAUUGCCAAAUUCUGGUGGCUCGAACGCCAAUUUGUUCAUGUCGAGCUUCAUGUCAAGCCAUAUCCCAGUGCAGAAACUGAAACGGUUUCUACUUUUCACUCAACCAAACAACUCACUUUUGACACUGGCGGAAGAAAUCGUGGCAAAAUGUGACAAAAUAUACCCACAUUUGGCCGAACCAGUCGAGCUGUUGAGUUUGCAAGAUUCCAAUGAAUGCGAUCUAGACCCGGAUUUCUUGGUGAAAGACGUUUUCAACGUAGAUAACGUUGUUCGAGCCGUGCUCAGUCGUGACAUUGAAGUGGCGGACGAUCAGGUCCAAACCUUGUAUUCGGUCAAACGGCGUCGACUCAAUUCCAACGUCGGAAGCAGACCGUCCCUUACGAGCAACGGAUCUUCCAACUCCCAGCCAAAUGUACUUCAUAUUGCGAAAAAAAGACCACAUAUUUUGCGCAACUCUGGUGCCAUGCGUGUCUCUACACCCUUGGCCAAUCAAAUCUAUCCUCCAGCUUCCAGAACGCAACUGAACUCUGACUAUGAAGACGACGAUGUUGCCGAUCGCUCUAUUUUGCCCCCACCCCAGCCACAGUCGCAACCCAUUCGCAUCAGUUCUGCAGUUGAUAGCGCAAAGAAGGUCAAUUUUAGUGAAAACACCAUAUCGAGAUCCGAGGCCGUUGAUCCAGACAAGUCCAGACAACACCGUUUGCCUUCAGGCACACCUAAGCGCGAGGUUCCAAAGAAAGCCAGAACUCCCAACAGAACAAACCCACAGGACCAGAUGCUAUUAGUCGAUCAAGCAGAGCUCGACGGCUCUGCAACGCCAAUCAAUACCAAUAAAAGGAUAACAUCAGGAAUGCUGCGCAUUCCAGAGCCCAAAAUUUCUGAGGUUGAAAAGGAGCUAAAGCAAGGCCCGGAAAGCCCAUCUGCAAUCUUGCCGGCCCGUCCAGAUCGUAUACCGAUGAAAAAACAUGACGCACCUUCCUCGGAUGAUGAGGAAUUGAGCCAAUCGUCUUCAGAAGAUGAUCAAAUUGUUGUUGGCAAGCGCAAGGAAGAAGCUCUCGAACCUGUUACCAAACCCUCUGCAUCUCGUCAAACUUCAAUCGCUGACAACAACGGUUCACCUAUCAAAGAUGCUGCUAGAAGCCGCAAUGUUAACUUGGCAAAAAUUCCUUCCUCAAAUAGAAGGAUUACUCGCAAGUCUUCUCUCGAGAAUAAGGUAGAGUCACUCAUUCGCAAUUCUGAUAAUGUAAAAGAAGCCAGUGGGAGAAAACCAGAGGAGAAAAGAGACGAUCCCUUGACUGCUGCUAGGAAAGUGUCGUUUUCCGACGACGAUGAAGCGGAUGGUCAGCGAUCAGGUCAAGACCCCAAUGACACUGUGCGAGUGAAUCAUGCAGAGCCUGGGAACAGCAGCUUCCAGAAAUCAGAGUUGUUGUCCAUGCUGAAGGGUAACAAAUUCGAUAUCCCUUCUGAUUUCAGCAAAAGGUCCCUGAAGCUUAAAGGUGGCUAUUUUGACCAAGCCGCAGAAAACACAAAAACCUCUUCAAAGGACAUUAUAAAUCAGAGGUUGCAAAGGUCGGCUGCAGUAAAAGCUGCAGAGCUCUUAUCUUCGGGGAAAUCCAGAAACCAGCAGCCUAGCUCAGAAAGCGAAGAUGAUUCUAGCGACAUUGAGACCGAUCAAAGUGACCGAAGAGUCACUGUCCUUGAAAAUCGAGCAUUAAGAAAGUUAAACAUACAUCCUCUCAAAGAGCAAGUGAUAGGCAAGAGCUCCCAGUCUCCGCAAGAGGGUGAACCGGACAUAGGUAAGGCCACCGCCAAUAUUGUUGAUAAAGGAUCCAGCAAGAAUACACUUUCAAGUAUUCCCGCUGCGGGUGCCGAUGCAAAUGACAAGACACUAGUCUUGAACGGGAAACCAUCAAAAACCAAAGGUAGUAAAGAAAGCUCUGAUCAACAGGAUUUGAAAGAUAAAAGGGGCGUUAUACAACCCCAUGAGUCAACUACUUCGCUGUCAUCAUCCACCUCUCCUUCCCAAACGACCAGUGAAUCUGAUGUCAAUAGCAAGGCUGCUACCAAGUCAGCAAAGGCAGUUUCUGCUGAUGAAAUACCUCCCAAAAUAAACAAAGAAAAUAAGAAGAGCUCUUUGAGUUCGGCCAACCGUCAGGCCAAAUCCUUUCAGAGCCCUGAAUUUGUUGAGGAUUCCGAUAACGACUCUACUAAUGUUUCGUCUGCAGCUGGCGCCGAAGACACGAAGCAGAAGUCUGCUACUAAACCACCUCCACCUUCAGUUUUGAAACGAAAGGAAGAAGCCGAAAAGAAGCGGAAGGAAAGAGAGAUCAUGAAGAAAGCACGGGAGGAAGAGAGUGCUAGGAAAAAAGCCGAGAAAGAAGACAAAAGAAGGGAAAGAGACGAAGCCGCUGCCAGAAAGAAGGCUGAACGUGAGAUCAAGAAAAAAUUAAAGCAAGAGGAAGCUGCUAAAAAACGGGGAACUGUCAAUGCUUCUAAGAAGUCUAAGGAUCACAAAAACGUAGUUGGUUCUGCGCCACCAGAAUCAGCGACGAAGAACACCAAAUCCAAUGAACUGAAUGGCGAAAAGGACGAAAGGAUGGCUGGUAGGACCGGUAUUCAUGAAGAAGGUGCUUCCGAGUCAAGCAAAGUAAGUGAGGAUCAAGAAAAAAGCAGCGAGAAAGGACACGCCAACAACGCAGCGUCCGUCUCUCUCGAACCUAAAGAUCUAUCUCAAUAUUUCAAUACGGGAGAGAAGCAGAAAGAAGCUCAAAAGGAGGCUUCGGAAUUGGCUUCGACCGAUGACAAAACACCCAAGCUUCAACAAUUGAAAUCUCAGUUCAUUUCAGGAGGUCCUGCUCAACAGAAAGACGGUCAAGAGAAAAACAAAAGUCCUGCUCAGAAGGGCUCUGCUCUUUCUGAAAGCUCCGAUGAAGAAUUACCCGAUGAUGAAAGUACUUCAGACGAAAAUGAAUCAUCAGGAUCUUCGUCAGAUGAUGCUUCAGCAGUGAGUAGAAAAUCUAGAAGAGGAAUUGUUGAUACACCAAAAGGUGCCAUCAUUUCUAUUCCUAAAAAUGUCAAGCACAAUGACAUCUCUGACUUAGAACACGCGCCCCAAUCUACGCAACAGAUUCCUGGAAACGAAACUACUCCUCGCAGCGGCACUAAGGUUCCAGUCACCAGAUUGAUGGACAUGUCAUCCCCCAUAGCCAAUGGAAAGAGCCCAUCUACCGUACCUAAUACUUCUAAACCGCAAGCGAAGCCAAGCAGGUCUUUGAGCUCGUUGUCUGACCUAGUUUCUCGUGGAGUUCCAGAAGUCAAAGAAAAAUCAGUAAAGGAGCGUUUCCCAUCGCAGGCCCCAUCUCGUAAAGAUGAUUCUGGCGAUGAUCUAAGUCAGGAUGACUCUGAUAAAAGCGAUAGUGAGGAGACCAGCGACAGCAGUGACGAUUCUUCCGAUGAUGACGACAGCUCCAACUUUAUCAGCGCCAAAUCUGCGAGUAAAGCCUUGGGACGACAAAAGAACUCGGGCAGCGGGUUUGCUUCGCUGGUCAAGGACUCGCGAAAAAGAUAA